AUGAAACGUUUGCAUCAGUCCGAGGUUAAUACUCAUUCAAUGUAUUUAAAAUUAGUUCAAACCUCCCCCCCCCCUUCGACUCAUCGACCAAAAUUUCCUGGAGUGUAUAUUUUUAAAAACUGCGGAAUUAGGGGAUUAAAAUCUGCCGAAUCUUCGGAGUUUACCAGGUUUGCCCAGUGUGACUGCUUUCAAGCAUUAUAGAAGGACGCUCAGAAACUGUUAAACGGAUGCUGAAAUGCAUCCGGAACUCAGUUCAGUUUUGUGGCCAUAAUUGCGACUGUAUUCGUACGAGAAUAGGAUGUUAAAAUCCAUUUGCUGUUUCUCAAGAUAUGCGGGCCUAAUUAAUCGGUUUUUUGACUCUGCCAAAUUCUGAUCAAUCAGAAUUUGACUUAAGAUCUGCUCUGACUGAAAUGAGGGGAUUUUCGUCCAUAAAAGUUGACGGUCUGCUCCUUGUUUUUUAAGGAUCCAGAUCAAUCGUCGCCUAAGACGGACAGGAAGACACUGACGACCUCGUCACUGUCGAAGCGUAGGAAGCAAGUAACGUGUGUUCUUGCCAAACAAAAGUUGGGCGUAGAACGUAUCAAUGCACUGAAGAAGUCGGUGGAUGAGUUUCGCGAUACGCAGUCAGAGCCCUACUUCAGUAUGUCAUUUUACGACGAAGAUGGUCACGAUUGGGAGCUAGACAGUCUAGAAUCUUGGUAAGUUCAAGCCUUUUUGCUGAACAAAGGCUUAUCUAUCUGAGGAAAAUGUCGGGCCAUAUUUUGGUAGCUGAAUCCCUAUCAAGUUUAAUCUGAUUCUUACUGUCCCCCUUUGGCUUGUUAUGUAAACUUGUUUUCGAUUUUAUUUUUGUGCUUAUUUUGUUCUAUGGUCGGGGUUUGGACUGGCAAAAUUCAACUAUCAUAAUUCGCUUGGUGCAGUGGGGAGGGUUUCUCCUCUAGAAGCCCAAGUCAGUUUAAAAACAUAACCCGACGGGUCUUUAAUAAAAAAUUAUUAUUAUUAACAUUGUCAUCAAGGUUUUGAAUCGCUGUGCGUUCCCUUGAUGAUGGACCACUAAUCUCGAACACAUUUACGAUCGUCCAAGCUCUUUUCUUCAUGCCAGUGGACGUCACAAUUGGAAUGGGGGGGGCUUUUAAUUUUGAACAUAUUUUUUGUUCAUAUCAAGGUAUGCUAAGUCUGCAAAUUAAAAUAGUACGAAGUGGCAGACUAGCGAACCUGGAUUUUACGCGUCUUGGCCACCGCUGCACAAUUAAGCAUGGACUCUCGCACAAAUUUGUGUGGUCUAAAUCGAUCAGAUCUAAUGUCCGGAUUUCGUAGUCCGCGGAAUGCACUCUCCGACUGAAAAACACAGACCAAACGGUCGUACAGUGUAUUUUAUGGCUCAACGUAGUACGAUUACGCUAGAACUCACUCGUAAUUUUUAUAGCUAUUGGUAGGGUUCGGCUUGAAAAUAUAUUAUUUUUUGACUCGGUGGUUGAACCGCGCAUUAAAAAUAUCCGAUAAACAAAUCCCAAGGUUUUCUCCAUCCUCAAGGCCAACAAUAUCACUCUCCCUUGACCUUGUCACAGUGACGGAAUUGUAAAAACUUCCUUCACUAUGACCCAGCCAGCUUGGGCGUUUGAAAACGGGCUUAAUAGGGGCAGUCACGCAGUCGUCAUCUGAACUGCGAUUGGUGUGCACAGUCGCAAAAGCCGACUUUUGGAUUGACCAAUCAAGAAGCCCGAAGCAGCCUCGGCGAGCUCAGCCCCGCGCUUGGGCAGGAGACGGGGAUGCGGACGUGCGUGAAGCCCGCGUAGUGAGUGGUCCAUUUGCGGCAGCCCUGUUUCAACACAGACGCCGGCAGAAAUUCAUGGACAAAUGUGAACAACACAUCGGCGACGAUAACGCCGGUGUCAUCUGAACUGCGAAGGCGGUUUUAGUGUUUAACUGUUGCCCUGUACGAUUAUUUCGACAAUUCGGACAUCCUGUCCAAAAAUGAAAGAAUGCGGGCGACUGGCGCAAUAAUGCGUUGUCUGCAAUAUAUUCUGCUAUACUGACACUUAGGCCGGUUGACCCAAUCAGAGUUACGCACUUACAAAUCGAAUCACCACUGGUUUCUGUAUGAGAAAUUAGCUAAGUGUUAGUUUUACGGGCAGUAUACGGAUUACCAGAAGCCAUCUCAUAGGCUUCCUGCAGAAUUCUUGUAUUUAACAGACGUAACAGAGGCAUUUUUGUUGAGGAACCUUCCAUAAACAGUUUCCCGCUCUUAAAACCAAGUAUCGGUAAGGUGUGGUUAUGUAGCCCCACCUGAUGGGCACGGUACUGUUGGGGUUGUGGUUAGGAGUUAGGGUUAUGGUUAGGGGUUAGGGCUAGGACAACUAUUUCCCAACCACUCUAAGUACAACCGCGCAUUCCUAAGAGCUUUUCUUUUGCAUACAACUGUUUGACGAUCCCAUUUAUAGAAACCCUAUUACCACCGGUCCCGUAUUACAGGUGACUGGGGUUUGUUUACUUCAGGUGGGGCUACAUAGCCACAUCUGACCCAAUUAUCUAUGUCUACAGUAUUCUUGCUUUUUGGCAGGGUGCAUUGCUGUCAUUUAAAGCGUAAACUGCUGGCUGCGUCUUCUUUAGACGCAGGCUACUUUUAAUCUGGCGACUAUUUUGAAAUUAUUCUUACACUAGGAGUUUAUGCUGAUCAGAGACUGACAUUUCUGAGCAUUCUAUCGAUAGUGUUGAGAGCAUUAGGGGCCCAAAAGACUUAUUGGUCCUUUAAAAUCGCCCAGGCAAAACUUUUUGAUUUCAAAGUUUCGAUAACAUAGUAUGCACUUGUCUGAGGCACGGAUAAUGGUCGAACCCUUCAGAAGUGAACUUCGCUUUUAAUAAACACCCCAUAAUUUAUAUAUACUGCUAGUCGAUAAUUUGAACCAUGAGCGACAAUCAUUCAUAUACGAGGUGCCCGUUUAGUGAAGUCGAAAGCAAUUGCCGCUAGCUGCUAUAAUGCACAGGAUUGCUUUAUAUUCGAACUUCCGCAGGUGAUGACGUGGAAUACUGAAAACCCCGCCUUUUAUCCCACAGACAUAAGGUGAAUAGUGUAUUCUGAGUUCUUAGCUCGGAUAUAGAGAGGCACUGAUUGUCGCUCAAAUUUUUAAGCAUGUUACUUGAUAAAAUUACUUAGAAACAUACUCUGCAUUAGCCAAGGACAUUUUCCGGAAGCGGAAAGACGAAUGCAUGAACUGCACAGUAUUUUAGGUACCCCAGAAUGGCCGUCUAGAUUUUUGUCCUCAGGUUUCAUGAGUCGCGGUCCUUGCAGUACUUUUUCGUCUUUUUCUUGCAGGAAUAUUAAAACUCGCCCAGUAUUACGCACUCAGCGUGAUGCUUCCACAAAGACCAGCCGUCCCGCUGCCCCGACAUCACGAUCAUUAGGAGGGCUUUCUAACCGACGAGGGGAGGAUGGAGUUGAAGAGGGCCCAGUUGUCCAUUUAGCGCUGCGUUCGGUCUUUUCGGCACCGGAAGCAGUCAGGCUGCGUUAUCUUUCUCGACCGUAAGUACUUAACAGUAGCAUUUCAUUUUGUCCGGACAACCUUUGCUUGACAUUUAACUGAAACUAUCUGGAUAAGAAUAGAGAGGAGACUGUCCACCAGUGCGACACACCCGUGGUAGAGUUUUGGACUUAAUGCUCAAUAACAAGAGUCAAAGUUCGAAUUACAGGUUAUCCGGACCUGAGGUCGGGCAUGGAUGAAUGAUGACAGUUAAUUGGCCAGAAAUGGCCAUCUCAAUCCCCCUCACCUCUUUCGAUAUUUCUUCCGCAUGCAUAUAUAUAUGUGUAGACCGGAGGUGGUAUGCAUCCCGAGCCGAUAUAAUGAAAAAAGGAAGAGGUUCUGCGGCAAAAUCGAGUUGUACUCGUGAAUUUUCGAGCUGGUGACACCAACCCGUCGUCAGAUGACAUGAGAACAAGGCAGAAAGUUAGUAUGUCACACUAGACUAAUUAGCGCAACAGGACAGACGGACUAUUGACCUAUGAGAGGAAUGGUCACAGAGUCAUGGUAGGUCUCUGAGCGAGGGGGAGGGAGGAGGAAGCGGAACAAUUACGGAGGGAGAGAGAAUGUGGCUGUUGGAGCAAAUGGACUCCGGGUGGCUGGAUUAGCGGCCGUUGACGUAGCAUUAGGGCGGGUGGCAGUAAGUCGUGAGCGUAGGCCCUCCUAAUGGGCGUCCAGGUCAACAUGGCGGUUGAUACUACUAGCAUUGGAGUACCAAGCCUCGAGAAAUUCUCUCGCUAGCGGCCGCCCGCGGGGAGACCAAAGCUAAUCCCCAGUCAGAAGGCAGGUCAGAGUUCGUGCGUCAGGCAUGCCUAUAACACAAGACAGGCGACGAGACAGAACAACUCCGGAUCGGCAGGAACAGACACCCCACCACCCUGAUGAUGAAAACGAGGAAGUUUCCGAAACAACAGCACUAACACCGUGUGGUCCAUACAACCGCCCAUUUUUUCUUUAUCGUCUUCUUUUGGAGAUGAUGAACAGAGUAUAUUUCUAUAUAUUUCGAAGAUAAAUGAGCCCUUUGGGAGACUGAACAAACUUUAUUUCGUGCUUUUUCUACUCUGGUUCCUCAGGUCGUCGUCAGGCGUGUAGAAAGCGUGAAAAACAGUGAAAAUUUAAACAUGCCCGAAAAAUCGAUAUUGCUUUGUCAGUGCUGAGGAUGGGUCGAUGGUGCGGACUAAUGUCACGUUUCUAUUUUUCUCUGAUAUUUGUGUACAUGGCGUCCAGAUCUAUGCGACGAUCGAUGCAUGAAUCAUCCAAGUGAAUGGCCUCUUGAAAUUCUCAGCCUUUCUUAUAUGGGCGGGAAUCGACAACGCGUGUUUUAUCCCAUGCAAAUUCGUGCCAUUUUCUAGAGUAUGCAUGGCGACUUGGGAUAAGUGGUCUUGCCUCUUUAUUGACACGUCGAAAAUUUACGAAAUAAAGUUUGUUCAAUUUCCCAAAGGACUCAUUUUUCUUCGAAUUAUGUUUCUUGAGAUGCCUAUCUUCCACUAUAUAUUUAUACAUAUAUGCAUAGGUAGAUGUUGUAAGCUAGGCAUCUCAAAAAAUAUAAGUCGAAGUCGAAUAUGUGCUUUAAGAAAAGGAAGCUUAUAUAUAUAUAGACAGAAUGGUUUUGCCGACAAAGACAUGGGAGGAUGUAAUGGCCAUUUCUGGCUUAUUAACCGUCGUCAGCCAGUCAAACCCAACCCGAAGUGUGGAACACCUGGAGCACGAACUCGCGACCUGCCAGUUAGAAGUCCAACGCCUCUAACCACUGGGUCAUGGGCCCGUUGUCCUGUCGGCUUCGAUCGGGAAUAUACAAUGGUAGAGGGGCAUUCACCGAUCAUUGUCUUUGCCAGCAAUAACAUUCUGCCUACAUCAUGCGCUGCUGUGCGGCUGCUGGUUGGGCUUGAGAGAGAGCCCGUAAGGCACAACGGAACGAGUGAGUUCCGAAAGAACCAUCGGUGAGCGCCCCUCUGCCAUUGUAUAUUCUCGAUCGAAGCCAACAUGACAACGGGCCCAUGACCCAGUGAAUGCCCUCGUAUGCCGAAAACCUGAUGUGUCCCUUCACACUUCAGUUUAUCGCAAAGAAACAUACUCCGAGUUCAUUCUACAUUUUGAGAGUAACCAUCCCAUCUCUCACAAGAGGAGUACUAUCUACAGUCUACUAAACCGAGCUAAAACACUCUGCUCUGAUGAAGAAAGUUAUCAAGUAGAAAUGAAAUACCUUUUCAAAUUACUUUCCCACAACGGGUACCCGCGCCACUUUGUACGUCAUUGCAUGAAACAUGAGUUUAAACAGAAAGGUAUUUCGAAAACAAUGGCCACCCAGGCACCAAAAACAUUCACCUAGCGGACCCUACCAUACGUGAAAAAUGUAUUUGAACUCGUCAAAACACAGUUGAAAAGGCAUCAGAUACAAGUAGCACACCAACCAACAACCACCUUGCGUACACAGGUUGUACACCCUAAGGACAGGGUUGGCUAUCUUGAUAGAAAAAGCGUUGCCUACAAAAUAACCAUGUUCCAGUUGUGAUGCCGUCUAUUGUUGCCAAACUGGGAAAUCUGCCUCUACCCGCAUACAUGAGCAUUACUUAGCGGUGAGGAGACGAGAUCAUCUAUCCCAGGUGGCUAUGCACACACUGGACAUUGGACAUAAAUUUGCCUGUGAGAACACCCGCAUUGUUGGCGCCUGCCCAAUAAGGAAAGACCGCGAAUUCCAGGAGGCAAUGCACUCAGAUGAGACAUGCAUCAAUCGGCUUAUCGAGUUAGAUGCCACAUACAAAUUUCUCAAGGACAAAUGGAAGCGAUCGCAACCAAUGCCGAGGGGAUGACGAAAAUCAUUGACGCGCAUUGGCGCAGGCUUAGACCAACCAUAGAUUCACUUGUUCGACAUGGUUAAAUAGUUAACUGGUUUUGUACAUAGCCCCAAAGUCUGACUACGAGCUGGGGAACCAGUCUCGAAAAUUUACGCAUUAAAUUUUAUUCUCUUCCCAAAUAAUCCUACUUAUUUUCAAUAUAUUUACAUAUAUAUACAUCCUGACCUAGCCGGUCAACACCGAGCUAGGUAGGCGAGCAGUCUUUCAACACGGACACACAUAUGUAUAUGUUAGUAUUACCGUGGCGUCAACGCCGACUGUUCUCGACUGGCUCUAUGUGCUUCUAAGUCAAAAUUCAGAGGUAGAAGUUAGGAGGCCGUGAGUUAUUGUAACUGAUAGCGAGGGCUAGCAGAAGUCUGGGUCUCCGAACAGCCUGAGGUCAUGCAGGAGUGGCACAUGUUAAAAGACUUACGCCACCCCACUCGGUACGUCCAAUCCCACCUUCAGUCGAACCGACUCGGACUUAUCAGUGUUGAGUGACGGGAGGUAAGACAAAACUGUGUAAUUUGAUCCGAUUUUUAGUUUUCUAAGUAAAAACGGCCGCGCUUCGAACUCUUUUGACUAACUAACUCGGUCCUCCUUCAGGCUGAGGGUUAGGCUGAAAAAGCUCCUCCUUGACACCACCUCUUUGGAGACCCUCUGAAAGUAGAGAUCCGAGACGCUCCGAUUUAAGACUGCUUUUUGGUUAUCUAGGCAAGAAGGCGUGUGUGUGUGUGUGUGACCCAUGUGUGACCCUUAGGCCUCAUCGCCCACGUCAUUAUUGUGCAAUCCCAGUCUUCUUGAAUUUUUAUCGUCAUUGCAACAUGACAACUAUGAGAACAGAGAAUGCGGUGGAUUAUGCGCUGGUCCCUUGAGACAGUGGCGGAUGCUGGCGCAGAGUUACAGACAGACUUGCUUUAUCUAGGACGACUUUGAAUGGUCUAAAGAGGAUAGGAAACUUAUUAAGGGCACAAUAAGUUCGUUUCGUCUAAUGUCAGAAGUCAGGAAACGGUGAGGACUAGUUAAUUUCUAUACACAGGGCAGGUUGCCGUAAGUUGGCUGUUUGCUUGCAGCAGUUAUAAGCGUCCGUUCACGGAGAGUGUCAGUCGCGGUGUGAGUUUGUGCAGCUACAAUCGUCAGGUCAGAUCCCAAGUUGAAGGGAAAAGACAGAAGGCACCAGGUGGAGGGGUUUAUUUUGCACAGAAACCGGAGUUAUCCUUUCGGGCGGCAGUGGCCACUGGCGAGACCAGGGCUGGUGUUGACUGCGUCCAGUCAUGCCUGAGAGACCUUGACAUAGUGAUGGCAACCGCUUUUGUAGGCUCGUGGGCCAAGCUCAAGUGGUGGGCAGUCAGUGUGUGUUGCAUUUGCCGAGGGAUGGUGUCCUAGUGGCCUAGGUUGUGGUUGCAGAGGGGGGAGGUGCGUCCAUGUGGCCGCAUAGGCAGCUGCGGCUGUGCGGACGUAGGUAUGCCUGAGCUGUCAGUCGUGUGACUUCAGGUCAGCGCGUCUGGAACGGCUCACUACAAAAGGGUGAAUGGCCUUGAGACAGCGAGGUCUUGAAUAAUGACGCCAGACCGGUCAUGAUGGCUUGCCACUACAGCUCCCCGCCAGACACAGGACGAAGUGAUGGUGUCGAUCUUGAGGCAGCGAGGUCUUAAACAAUGACGCCAGACCGGUCACGAUGGCUGUCCACUACAGAAGUCCGCGGGAAAAUGUGUGUUACAGUCGAGAAAUUGUCCCGAUCCAUCAGGCCAGGCCCGAAGAUACUAUCCCACCGGCAGUGUGCGGCUAGUGCCUAUGCUACUUGCAAAAUGCCUCUGCGGCCUCGUUUCCAUAGCGCAUGAAAGGGCGUCUUAUAGUCAUGUGCAAAAUUUGGUUGCAUUGACGUUGCCAUCGGCCUAGGCAGGGCACGGAAUUAUGGACCCCCACAGUACAGGCGGUGUUGCGCUAAAUUCCAGGGGUUGAGAUACCGGAGUAGGACCCCCUGGAUCCUUAUUUCCCUGUCCGGUACAGACGUGGUCUCAUGUGAUUUCCAUCUUCGGGGUUCAAAACGUCUUUAAGGGGACUAGAUUUACAAUGAUAACCCGAGGCGUUUAUGAACAGCCGCCUGUCGAAAAGAUAAUGGGUAUAAGAAACACGCUCGGAGGAAAAUUGGGCAAGAUCCCAUUUCGUAGCCGUGCCUGUUAGGGGUUUGUGGUUGUGGUUGUGGUAAGGUUGGGGAUUGGGGUUAGGAUUAGGGGUUGGGGGUUCGGGUUAAGGAUUAGGCUGGGCCUUGUCUACUGCAGGUACGGCUACGAAAUGCGAUCCGGCCGAAAAUUACUUUGGGAUGUAGUCUUAGAGCUGAGUUGAGGGAUGUUGCCUAAAUCGAUACACCGACCCAGGUGUAGACAAACCCCAGAUUUGAGCACAUGUCCGCGUGAGUCGCUGAGCUUCAUAAGUUCGACGUUCUCUUGCUUCAAUUAUCGGCAAUUGAAGAUACAAAGGUAAGUUUUUGAUCGAACUUCAGAGGGAGCACUUUGAUUUCGAGGGAUUGCAUUUUUUCGCGAAUGUCUUCAACAUAGUUGCCCGAACUCACCCUCGGGAAAAAAUCAGCCCUCUUGAAGUUCGUCUUAAAAAGUGGAAUUUGAAGACUUGUGCGACGCCCAUUCAAAUAGCCCUAUCGCCGAAUAUAAGUUGUUCGGAAACGGUUACAAAAAAAUACUAGUUGUCGAGAGUAUCGCAAAUGAUGUUUGGAUGUUAUGAAAAAAACCUGAAAAGUCUCCUGAGGAGGCAUGCGUACAACGUAUGCGUAAAUGUAGGUCAUUAUUUAAGGCUUGCGGAUAUUUACCGCGUCUAAAGAAAUUCACACUGUACGGCCGAAGUAACACACAUUUCGAGUUGAUACCAAUAAAGUGGGGGAGAUCCUUCCAAAGAAUUGACGUGUUCUGGUGAAUUCCCAUCUUUCCGCGAACAAACCUUUGGCGGAUGAAAUUAACAUAGUUGAUGACGAUGGGGUACUACAGGUUAGGGAUCAGCAAGACUACAAAAACACUGUGCAUGGUGCGGGAUGGUGUACGUCGGUAGGAAGAGAGGUGCUAUUUGGUAGUUAUGCAGGGAGGUAGGCGGCUGAAGACUGACGGUAUGGGUAUAUAGGGCCAGUGUGACGUGCUCACAAGCCCUUGUCGCGUGCGCCAAGGUCACCAUGAAGUUCGGCACUGCCCGUGUCGACGCGCCUUGUCUCACAACAUUCUCGCGACUGCCUCCUAUUGGUCGUGACGACGACUGCGAUGGCUUCCCAUUCUUAGCCGUGAUUGCAUUCAAGUUCACGCAUGCGAGAACCGGACAGAAGCGGUCACGCAGAGAGAGCCCCACUUUGUGCUCAUUAAUAUGGGUCCCGAAAUUCGGCAAUCCAACCUACUGUUUUAGUUUGCCUGGACGGCUUUUAGGAAUUAGGGAACGGAAUUCGGUUUUACCGACGAUCUCCUUUCUUGCCGUCAAUCUCAGCUUCAAAUUUAUGCUACCACAAUUCUACGACAGGUUCUUGGUCAUCCAGCGUUUCUCCUCAUCAGAGUUUGGGCAAAAUGAUCGACCAGAAAUCUUCCCCCUGCCUCUCUGAUGAGCGUGAUGUCUCAGCCAAAUCUCUGCGUUUCGCUUCUGCCUUACUGGCUGAUACCACUAUAAUGCUCACAUGAGAAUAUAAGUAUUGCGUUUUUAUACCCAUGAACUUUCACGUUUACAAUGGCCUGCGCUUGGAAAGAGUCUGCUUCAUUCCAGUCAGAGGAUACAAGCGGAGGUGUUCUCAAGGAAUAAUGCAGACUUGGACAACUUCAAGCUUUUCGCAACCAUGCCGACCAGACAAGCACGGUCAGGGGAUUUGUUGACCAUCUAAGGGGGAGGCGCAUAUGUGCAACAAUAAGUUUCUUUCCCAGAGAAAUCCAAUCCAACCAGACCAAAUCUGCCUCCAUUAUUUUUCUUGAUAGAGACGAAUCUAUCUUACUGGCAUCCGUCCUUCAUGAAUAUAUCCGCCGAUAUAGGCAGUUGAGCUACUCGGUUUUAUCGACAAAAGAAGAAUAGGAGGGAGAUUUGCACCUUCGGACAGGGUGGCUCAAACUUCCUCGUACACAUGACCGCCUAUAUCCGGCAGUCAACUUAGAUCUCCAAUGGCAUGGAAGUCUGCACUCGACUCGUCGUCGGACUAACAAAGGAACAGACCGCAGUUGCCAAUAAAAUGGUGCCAACACUCGUUCGUCAACAACCCAAGGUGUAUGACUUUCAAGAAAUCUCUGUAAGAUCUUAUCUCGUAGCCGCACCUGUUAGGGUUAGAGGUUAGGGGCUAGGGCUAGGGUCAGGGGUUAGGGGUCAGAUCUAGGGGUCACGAUUAGGGGUUGGGGCUGGGGUUACAGAUUAGUGUCAAACCCCCUCUUGCCACCCGUCCCGUAUGACAGGCGGUCGGGGCUUUUCUACUGCAAGUGCGGCUACGAAAUUAGUACCGACCGAAAUCUCGCAUUGCACCUACAGUUGGUCCUUCAAAGGUAUACGGAGUGGAUGUACUAUCAGAAAUUGCAAAGCAGCUAUGUGAAUCAAAGUAGAAAUGAACACGUUAGACAAUUGUACAGACAUUUAAAAUGUUUCGAUGAUGUCCGUCUUUACAACACCAAAACUUUCAGACACUCCUUCGAAAAAAACUAGGCUUGAUCCUUGACCCUGACGAGUGUGUGAUGACCUCUAUUCCACUCCCCGGGAGCUGUGACCGUCAUCGUUGCUCCGGGGAACUUAUUAGCUUCGGAGCUCAAUCAAUUCUGCCAAACAGGUUCCUGCCGCAAAGCAACCUCACCUCAUCACAGACGCACUGACCUUCGGCCACUCGAUCGACGUUAGCUCGGACAUACGCGUGGUCAGACGGCCACAGCCGUGUAUCCCCCACACGAACACACGACCUUUCGAGCAGUGCAACACAAACCCAGAAAGUAGCAGUUCCUACCCAGCUACGAGACACAAAUAAAGGCAGCUGACGAAACAGUUUCUCUCUCUCUCUCUCUCUCACUCUCUCUCUCUCUCUCUCUCUCUCUCUCUCUCUCUCUCUAUUGGACAUGCGUUAACGCACUCAGUACGCGCCCUGGUCAUGAAUGAGGUCAUUCCCCCCGGGACGGCGACUCGGGUUUCUGUACACACUAAGUCCCUCAUUCUGGUGCCUUUCAUCUUAUCCUGCCAAUCAGGAACUGACUUGGUGAUUCUGGCGUUCAAGGUACGUGUACUACUGGAGCUGCUGCAAACGUAGUCAUGUUUCCGCAACACCAUGUACUUGACCCCUGAAGACCUGGAUAAGCGCUUGCACAGCCGUGAACAGAUGGAUUGUUGUUCCUGGGUUAGCUGUGUAUGUCGUCUUGUAACGGGCACAGUCAACCAGUAUGUUGCUGGGAACUGCGGAUGAAGUUCACGGGACGUGGCGUGUGGUGACACCUCAGUGAGCAAACAAAUCGGCUAGGCAUCUACAGGUUGUUUUACAAUGUGCUCAGACGACCAGGAAAAUGACCUUUUGGAGGCUUUCCUGGCGGUUAUCGAGUCCGAAAGGCGGUUGACCACGUCGGGAUUGGGCCAGCAAGUCUCAGAUAUUCCCGUAGCUCUUUCUUGUUCAUUUUGCUCAAAAGUGCUGUGGUUGUGUUCAAGCGCUUGAGCAAAAACUAAGGCCAGGGACUCACGUCGACGGACGGUCGGAGUGUCUCUCAGUUUCAGUUCAUUCCAGUUUGUCAGGUCAGAAUAAUGGGCAAUGCCUUUGAAAACCUUAUUUGCUCGUGAAUCCGUUAGAUACACCUGUACACGCAAGAUGAAAAUUGUCGCUUAAAAUGGUACUUGCGUGACUUAAGUAGCAUUGUUUAAAAAACCGACUUUCUGCGGCUCGACGGGUAUUUAGUUCGGACUCAGACGAGCGAAGGAAAACGGGAGAUUUCGCAUCGCGCCAGCCGCCGCGCCAAACUCGCCCCCAUUCGCGUGAACUCGGACAAGCGACUGGUGUAUUCGCGAGGGGAGAAGGCGAAUGAGGUCGAUCUGAUCUGGAUCCAGCACUUACUUCCUCAUCGCAAACAAACAUAUGCACUCUGAAACCACUAUGGCGUGUUAUACUAAACAUUUCAAAGCUGCCUGAGAAGUUGACACCCUUUUCGGCUUGUGAGCUAGAUAGAGCUUGGAUGACAGAUCGAUCAGGCACACUUUGUGUUUGAUGACUUUGUAGACAAACCGAUGGUGACAGAAAAAUGUGGAUGUGGAUGCCCACCUGUUGGUGCAUGGAUUUCUUUUUUAAAGCAAGCAAGGACAGCAGAAUUUAAUGGCACCAGAAGAUUUCGAGACGGCUUAUCAACUGCAGCCUGUCGUUGCAUAACACAAAUAACAAGUGAGAAUGGUACAGGGGUUUGAAUUUCUGGUGCCAUUAAAUUCUGCUGUCCUUGCUUGCUUUAAAUUCAUUCCGGGGAAAUAUUGCUUCAAGAUUCCUUUUUUGCCAUGGGAGAAAAUGAUUAGAACUAUUUACAAAGACAAACUUGUGUAAAUCUGCGGAAGCCGUAUUGUACCAUUAAACAUGGCGUUCGACAUAUGAAUUAUGAGUACAGGUGCGUAGCGGCCAGAAUAGCCAGAAAGAAGAAAACACGCAGGUAGGAGGUGUGCGUUCUGCAACCAAACUUAGUACUCAGAUACCUCAAUGCGCAAACGGCCUCAGGACUGGGUGCAUCUCUCUGCAAGGCUGAUGUGGCGCGAAUGAAUAAGUGCCCUCUAAGAGGCAGUCGGUGCCAGUUCGGUGAGCUGAUUGGAUGAUUGUGAAGUUUGAGGGUGCCCGUGACUGGCUGUCCUCGAAGUUGUGCGUGUGCAUGUUCCAUCCAUUCACGUGAGCAGGGGCGCGCAGUUCGCGACAGAGGCGUGGGGCUUGCAUGUGCUUAAAGUGCUGCAGGAUCAGAGGUGACCAUCUCAGCACUCUUGUGUUUGUGUGUGUACGUUUCCAAACCUGGAUCCUAAAGUCCAUCUUGUCUACACCAUGACAGUGCGACCGUCGCAUCCGACGAUGUUCACCGUGUGCUCUACAGCAAGGUGAAGCAGGCACGGUGACUUGCGUGUGAAUUAGUUUAUAGUUGGAGUAGACUUGUGCAGCAUCUACCGCACUUUCUCCUCCUCCCCAUCUGCACCCUGUGUCAAGACAUAUUCAAGAAGACCAGAUGCGGGGAGGUCGCAGGUGGAUGGCGCGGCCGAGUGCGCACCUUGACGCUCCACUCUACACCCCUGGUCCAAAACAAACACUUGACCUGGAUUUUGACCAAUUACAACAACAGCAACGGAAAGGACGUGGACGGCCGGUCAACCAUGAACAUGACCCCUAUGCUCAGCUGGAGCGCAAGCGCAUAUACCACCAGAGAACCAGGUACCGGAGAGCUGCCAGUGCACACCCGGCUGAGUACACCACGCAUAUGUGAUGAAGUGACGAGGUUAAAACCGGUCGUUGCCGCCCGCCAACCCCGUCGUUAACGGACAGUUAACCGUGUGUGUUGAUUGCGGAUUCCGCGCUUGAGGAGUUAAACUAAAACCAACGUCUGGCCAACGACUUAACCCUGCCUCACUUCCCCGUACAGUCAGACGUUUCAGAAAUGUAACGUUUGCCAAUGAUUAAAGUGUUUUGUUAACCAGGCUUAUAAAAUGUUUUAGGUCUGGUCGAUGA